GUGCCAAAGGGCUACCAGGUCUCCAGGGUUCUCCAGGUAAGUGAUCCAAAGCUUCUUUCAGUAUUUUAUGAUAAAGCUAAGCCUAGUAAGUACUCAGCUGGCAACACUAAAACCUUAUGUUUCUUUAUUAUAAAGGUAUUCCAGGAAUCCCAGGUGAAAAAGGUGGAAAGGGAUUACCAGGUUUAGAUGGUUUUCCUGGCUUAAAAGGAGAAAAAGGUAAAUAAAUAAUAUUUUUGAAGUCAAAAUUGCUAUUUCACUCUAAAAACAGCAACAUAAUGGUUACUCUUUGUGAUUUACACAGCAUUUUUAAAAAAUGGAUGUUAAAGGCAUGUGGAUUUUUAAAAUUAGAAGGUAAAAAUGUAAUUUGACAAGUAUAUUAGAAGUUCAACAACAGAGAUAAUUCAGUGUAUAAUUUAAGAGUGAAUUCUAUUUUCAAUAAACCAGCUAAUGGGGUAAAUUAGGGAGGUUCUGUCUUUCCUACUUCAGGCUUUCCUGUUUCUUUUUCUUAAAAUUAUACAAUAUUUUUGUUCAAUUCCCUCAGUAAAAUGUUAUCAGAAUUUCUUUUCUCUCUGGAUUUCAGCUGCCUUAUUUAAGUGACUUUGCUAACAAAAGAAAGCAAAGCUUUGCAAACCAAGCUUAUAGAACUCUUCUGUGUUGCAGUUCUGGCUUUAUAUAACAUAAUUCUGGACCAUAUUAACCCAUAUUGGGAACAGAUUUAAUAAUGCCUAAGAGCCUUAAAAAGUGGAUAAGAUGAUAAUCAGAUGGUUCAAUAGAUGACCAGCACAUUCUCAUAAUUGAAAGGAAAGGCAAUAGCACUCUGGGCAGCUCCAUGCAGGGCUCAGGGUGGAGAUUCCACAAGACUUGGAUAGUUAACCCUUUUCUGCUUGAGGGCCACACUGAGGAUUUACCACACCUCUGUGGGCUGCAUGCCAGCAGACAUACACACUCUGACAGGCAGUCUGCACCCAUCUCUACACACAGAGAGAGACGGGUCCAUAAGAGCAAUUCAAAUCAUAUCUGUUCAGAAAUAAUUAUAUUCAGUAGAGCUUUCUGCUAGACAAAAGAUUUAAACCUUUGUUGCUGAGGUGUUUUGAAAGGGAGGAGAAUUGGCAAUCUUUAGCAGAGGACAGUACAGUUCAAGUACAGUAGACUCACAACGUAUACAGGGGUUAUGUUCCGGGGUGUGUAUGUGUGAGUGAGAUCUCAUGAGAACUUCCCAGAGCCUGGUAGGCAGGGUCUGCACCUUGCAUAAAAACUCUAUCCACAGCAGGAAAAUCCUGCACAAAAAGAGCUUUGAAGCUCUCCACUUCCCAUGCAUUUCAUUUGUGUGAUUUCAACCAACUGGCCAUUAACCACAUAAUACUGAAAUUGCAUAAGUAAAUGCAAUUUACUGUAAAUAGUUAAAGAGAAAUCAGCAUUUUGAGACUUUUCUAAAGUGCUGUAUAUUUGAAUAGAGCACAGCAAAGUAAUCCCCAGCUGACUGCUUUUGCUAAUUGCUUGGCCGUUAUUCUUCUGUCUGUUUCCCACUGUGGUACCUUUGACAACUAUCACCAGUAAUCAUUAGUCUUCAGCUUCAGAAGACAUCACCAUCAGUUCCCAAAACUGCACCCAGAAGCAUCAAUAGAGUGAAUAGAACAUUUUGGAGAGCACUUUGAAGCCUCAGUGCAUAGGAAACUCCUGAAAGUAAUCUGAGGGUGCUCGGUGAAACCCCAGGGAGGUUAGGAACAGCUUGAAACUGGGGGUUUUAAAAAUCACACACAGAUAUUCCACAGAAAUGUUGGGGUGCUCCACAGGGUGCUUCAAAAGUAUUGGAGGGCUUUGUAUGGCCCAUGGGCUGCAGGUCCAUGAGAGGUGAGACUGUCUUGUUUUGACUGUAUGUAACCCACUCUAGGAGCCUUCUUGGAUGAAUAAUAAAAUAAUAUAAAUAUUGCUUUAGCAGCAUUCAUCCUCAGGCUCAGGCUCAGUUGCUAGCUUCAGUGACAGGAGCCUCUUGUUUAAAGGACCCCUGCCUGUUGACUGGGGAAGAGGAUAGACUGCACCUCCACUAGGGCUUUUGCGCUGGAGCACUCUUGAGUCAGAGGACAGCAACAUGGCAUCCUCUGGCCAGAGACACAUGACAUGCACAUUCCACUUGCAUUUGACCAUAUUUACGCACGUUGCUGCAAAAUUUAUAAAUUAUAUUAACCAGGGAAUGGCACCGAAAUGGUGCAAAAACAACUCAUUAUGAAAGCAGUGUGGAACGAAGCUUGUCCAGAUUCCUUUCAUUUCAAGGAAUCAAGCCUUGAAGACUUGGGUUGGACAUUUGAAAGUGGAGAACUGCAACCUGUGCUGCUAACAAGUGAUGCCACCCCUGACUCCUUCAAAAAUAUUAAUCUUUGUGGAUGCCAGAAGGGAUGUGGAACUCCUUGGUGCAAGUGUAAAAACAGCAAAAUGACAUGUGCCACAAACUGUAAAUGUUACAUUGCAGUUAGUACAUGUGUAAGAUCUGUGGACUCAACUUCAGCUUCAGAGCUCAACAGUGUUGCAGAUCAAAUUUGAAGAUGUAGCAAAAUGUAUUGAUUGAAAGUAAGAAAAUUUAUUUUAACUGCAGUAUCCUGUUUUAUAAUCUUCUUAUCAAAAUAUCAUUCAUGAUUUGGCACUUUAAUAUGUUAAUGUGAGCCAGAAAAAGGGUUUUGCAGGAAAACCAACUUUGUACAUGUGAAGAGAUGUCAGUCACAAUUUUUGUAAUAACAAAUAGUCUGUCUUUUCUGAAAAAUGAAUAUGUUCACAAUUUUUCAAGAUAGCAAUAAAGUUAGGCAACAGAAAAAUUGGCAACCUACAUUUUAAGAUUCAGGACACUUUCUUGAUGAACAGACACCAUUUCUUCUUGUUGUUUAUACACCAUCUUUUAUCCGAAGAUCACCGGGCGGUUUACAGUAUAAAAACACAUAACAUAAUAAUAAUUUUAAAAAUCAAUCACACCCUGACACAUUUAAAAGGCCAUAGAUUUUAUGAUCAGCCAAAGCCCUGGGCAAAUAAUGUUUCCACUUGGUGCCUAAAGAUAUGAAAUGGAGAUGACAGGCAAGCUUCGCUGGGGAGAGCAUCCCACCAGUUGGGAGCCAUGGCAGAAAAGCCCCAGGUCGGUUCAUAUGGGGAGAGAUGGUCCUUGAAGUGUUGCAACCCUGAGCCAUUUAAGCCUUCAUAAGUCAAAACCAGCAUUUUUAAUCUGGCCAAGAUAGGUGCCCCAGUGAGCAGCCUGCCCAUUGAAUUCUGCACCAGCUGUUUCCACAAUUCCACCAUUUUGUUCCUCAAAAUUUGUCUGUUUAUCUUUUGCAGGUGACCUUGGGCCUGAAGGUCCCCCAGGAGCUCCUGGAGAAAGGGGCCAGCCAGGACACGAUGGAAUCCCAGGCUCACCUGGUGCAAAGGGUGACCCAGGUGAGAUAUUUCUCUUCUUUUUCUUCUAGUAUGUAAUAUUUUUACCACAGUAGAUGCCUGAUCAUAUACUUUAAACAAAUCUUAAUAUAUAUUUUUAAGCAAGUGAAGAUUGAUGUGUUAGCCCUGCCAGUAUCCUGAGGGAUGGCAGGAUACCCAGUGAAUUGUCCCGAUUCUGGGGACAAUCUAGAAAAUUUAAACACAAUUAACUUCCUCUAGAUUGUGCAUGCUGCUCAGUAUGUACACUGCAAAUGCAACUAUUUUUAACUGUUCAAAUGAAAGUACACUUUACGCAGGGAGCCGUGUACAUGGCCACAAAAUACCUCUUUAAUUUUUAGGGAAGGACAGCUAGAGCUUGACUAUAUAGGAAUAUGAUAAACUCCACAGCAUUGAUUCAUGUGGCAAAAUGAUUAUUGAAAUGGUUUUGUCUUUGGCAAAAUGUGCAAAAAUGACAUUAAAUAAAACUGCCACAGAAACUUGUAUACACAUGUUCUUAUCUAGAAAGAUUACCUUUGGUAGGUUGAAUUAUGGGUUGUUAUUUCACAGUUCAUGCUAUUAUUUCUACUUAUAAUAGUGUUUCCAGGGCAGCUGACAUAUUCCUUUGUGGCGGUUGGGAAUUGUCACCUAAAUUAAUGUACUACCCACUGGCAGAGGAAGAGGAGUGCAGGGGGAGUGCAUUGCCCCCAGCAGUGCGAUCCCGGCGGGGUGCCAUCGUGGCUGCCCCCCACUUGUGCUGAGCGCCACACCCCUGCAAACAGUGUGCCACACCCCGCCUGCUCUCCACCCCCCGGUGCCAGAGCAUGAAGCUCCACCACUGGCACUACCCCAAGUCUUCUUGGUACCUUUUAUGAACUCCAACCCAACUGAAGGGGGGUUUUCUUUCUCUUGUCUGUCCCCUGCUUUGGUUGAGCCAGCAAGUGAAAGGAGCUCUAAUGUAUCUAUUAGCUUUGCGCCUGUCUUCAUUCCCCUCAACUCUGGAGGUUUCCUCUGCAGCAGUGGCAGACUUUGGGUUCUCAAAUUUCAGCAGCACCCUGUGUGACACUAAGAGUCUGCUCGCCCCACCACCUCUGGCACUCUGUUCUACAGCUUUGUUGUGGUGCCCCCUGCAGCGUGGCACCUAGUGUGGUUGAAUCAGUUGUGCUGCCGUAAAAUCACCUCUGCCUGCAGCUGUAGAGUACACACCUUCUAUGGCCUCACUUUUCACUCAGAUCUAUUUCCCUGUAUCCCUGUAUUUCCCUGUAUUCUGCCCCUGGUUGCCUGCCUUCUGCUCUCUCACAGUCCCCAGAGAUGUGGGUAGAGAAAUAUGAGUUCCGUAAUGCUCCCCCAUUCUCCCCUAUGCUGUGUCCAGACAAGACUUCUGGCCUAGAAAAAGUGACAUCAUAUUGCAGAAGAAAGGCCAGAGAGAGACACUGUGAAAGUCUAACACAGUAAUAUAAGCUGGAGAAAUAGAAUUCCCAACUUCUUCCCACCCUAAAUACUACAGUUUGCUCAGUUUAAGAACCCAGCAGGAUUGGGGUGGGUACCUUGCUCUCAGUCACAUGAAACAGCUUUUGCAUGUGAGGCUGCAGUUCUUAAAUCUUGUCUCCCUCUCGCUGUUCUAGCUUCUGGCUUAGCCACGCACAGCCUCUUCAGGGCAGCGGGAUGAAGGCUCCUCCUGCCCUGAAGAGGCUUCACACGGCUAUCCCAGAAGCCAGAACAGCGAGAGGGAUCACUGCACAGCAAUCCCUCUUGCUGUUCUGGCUUCUGGGAUUCAGAAUAUUUUUUUUCCUCUUGUUUUCCUCCUCCAAAAACUAGGUGUGUUUUAUGGUCUGGUGCGUCUUAUAGAGCAAAAAAUACAGUAGUUCAUUUCUAAUGUGUAAGCCAGCAUCAGGGGCUUUGAUACAACAGUGAGAUUUAAUUUAUGGAGAACAUUUAAAUUGCCUUACCUCGGUGCUACUAUCUUCAUCUUACAGGUAUUCCUGGUAGAGGACUUCCUGGACUUCCAGGUGCAAAGGGAGAACGAGGUAAUAUAAAUAACAUCUCAUGUAAAGCAUACAGCCAAAUAAAGAACCAGUUACAUGCAAAACUAAAAUAUGAUAUAUUUAUUAGGCUGAUGUGUCAUCAUAAAAUAGGGAAUAGCUUCAUAGAGUGUGCAUGCAUUGACACACUUGAAGAUAAUGACUGAUUUUAAAAGGCAGAUUGCUGUCUGGAAAGCUGGGACAUGUAUAGGUUCUGUGAGACUCUUGGCAGGAUCAGCUUUGUAAAUAGAACAUGUUGCCAAAGCAGAGGUUGUUAAGUUGAGUUGCUGUGGUAUAGGGUUAGUUGUGGUAUAGGGUGUUGGAUUAGGACCUGGGAGACCAGGGUCCAAAUCUCCAUUCAACCAUGAAGUUCCCUGGGUGACCUUAGGCAACUUUCAGCCUAACCUACUGUACAUGGAGAAUGGGAGGAGCCAUGUACGCCACCUCAAGCUCUUUGAAGGAAAAGUGGGAUAUAAAAAAGCAAAGCAAAGCAAAGAAAGAAACACACCAAUCACACCUGAGUACUCCACCCCUUGUUCAUUUCUACACACACUGUAAUCCUCAACUGAUGAGAAAUUUAAGGGGUACCAGCACAUACUUUGGGAUUGAUUUCCUUAGAGUGACUGUAACUGGGGGCUGUGGUGUCUUUGUGAUAUAUGGAGGGAUUUAUUUCGAGGAAUGCUCCCCAAUGCCAUAGCACUGGAUCCUCACAGAAAGCAAGAUCAGGCUUCUGUGUCUUUCCAUCUCCACCUCCAAGAUGAUGCUGGUUAUUAUUCUUUCAUAUUCACCCUCCAACCAAGUGAGGAAGGAAAGCUGAGCUGCAUUCCCAAACCAUUCUCUCCUUCCAGAAUUGCCUUGUCAUUGACAGACAGAUCCUUAAACAAACAAGGGUCAUUAACCAGUGGCAGCAUUAUUAUUAUUAUUAUUAUUAUUAUUAUUAUUAUUAUUAUUACACUGCCUUUCAUCCGAAGAUCACAGCGUGGUUUAUGACUAUUAUUAUUUAUUGAAUUUAUAUACCGCCCUAUACCCGGAGGUCUCAGGGCAGUUCACAGAAAAGAUCAACAUAAAAACUACAGUACAUAUAUAUAAUCAAAAUAAAAACAACAACCCAAUAACACACAACAACCAGAAAAGAGCCACAUUUUAAAAGGGUAUAGGAUCUCAAACAAAGGCCUGGUUAAAAAGGCACAUUUUUGCCUGGCACCUAAAGCUGUAUAAUGAAAGUGUGAGGCUUUCCCUGGGGAGAGCAUUCCACAGAUGGGGCCCAUUCUGCAGAGAAGGCCCAUUCUCAUUUUGCCACCCUCCGGACCUCUUGAGAAGGAGGUACAUGAAGGAGGGCCUCAGAAGAUGAUCUCAGGGUCCAGGUAGGUUCAUAUGGAAAGAGGCGGUCCUUGAGAUAUUGUGGUCCUAAGUUGUUUAAGGCUUUAUAGGUCAAAGCCAGCACAUUGAAUUGGGCCCAGAAACUGAUUGGUAGGCAGUGGACCAGGAUCGGUGUAAUAUGCUCAGACCGUCUUGCUCCAGUGAGCUACCUUGCCACAUGGGGGAUAGGAUUGAGCCCUGCGGAACCCACAUUGAAGGUUCCACAGGGCUGCAACCCUCUGGGAAUGACCAUCCAAGUAGGACUGGAACCACCGCAAACUGGUGCCACCCACCCCUAGUUCAGAGAGUCACUCCAGAAGGAUACCAUGGUCAAUCGUAUCAAAAGCCGCUGAGAUGUCGAGAAGAAUUAACAGGGACUUGUUUCCUUGUCUCUCUCUCAACAGAGGUCAUACAGGGUGACCAAAGCAGUUUCUGUGCCAAAACCAUACCUAAACCCCAAUUGAAAUGGAUCCCAAAAAUCAGUUUCAUCCCAAAUCACCUGAAUCUGGUCCGCAACCACUCGCUCCAGAACCCUGCCCAGGAAAGGGAGAUUAGCAACUGCCCGGUAGUUAGUUAUGUUUUCUGAAACCAGGGGAAAAUUUUAAGAAGGAGUUUUACCACUGCCUCCUUCAAACAGACAGGGACCUCCCCCCUUGUAAAGAGGCAUUGACCUCCCUGACCCAGCCAGCUGUUCCCUCCCUGCUGGUUUUUAUCAACCAAGAGGGGCAAGAGGAUCUGGGCACAAAUGGUUGCCCUGACUGAUCCAAGCACCUUGUCUACAUCCUCGAGCCUUACCAAUUGAAAUUCCUCCAACACAACAGGACUAGACUGUGCUCUGGCCACCCCAUGAGAUUCAUCUGCUAUAACAGCAGUCAAGAUAUUGGUGAAUGCAAGCGAUUUUAUCCUCAAAAUGCUUUGCAAACAAGACACAGCAAACUAUCAUUGGUUCUAUCACCUUCUUUGGGCCAGCCUGUAAAAGGCCGGUACAACCCAGAAAAGCUCUGCUGGACGACAUAAUGAGGAUGCAAUGGAGGCAGCAAAGUAUGCCUUCUUUGCUGACUUCACUGCCACUAGGUAGGCUCGAUAAUGAGCCCUAACUAGUGUUCGGUUUCAUUCAUUCAGAUCUUUCCUCCACUUGCAUUCAACUGUCUCCCAGCUUGCUUCCUUGCCCUAAGCUCUGGCCUCCAGCAACUCAGGGAAGGCCAGGGGGCCAAUCAGGCUCUGUGAAGUGGUAGAGGGCACUCAGGGGCGAUUGUGUCUUCCACUGGAUUCCACUGUGAAUUCCACUGGAUCCAUCAGCCUUCGAGGGCAGACCUUCCUAAUAGGUCCCCUGCCCCUGCGAAGGGGAAAAGGUACUGAUACCCUAAAUCUCAACAGGAAGUGAUUGACAAGGGACUGAUGUCAAUGUCCCCCACCUUCAAAUCACCCUCUUCCUGCCUAGUCGAGAAAACAAUGUGCGUUGGGCCGGUGACAUGUUGGGACAGCCCUAUGGUUGUCAUGGUGGCCAUGAGGUCCUGAGCCACCCCAGAGCCAGCUGCCUUGGCAUGGAUGUUGAAGUCUCCCAGAACCAGCAGUCUCGGAGUCCUCAAUACCGCCUCCGAGACUAGCUCUGUCAACUCAAGCAGGGAGACUGCUGGGCAGCAAGGUGGACGGUAAACCAGCAGAAUCCUAGUCCCCAUUCCCCAAUCCUGGAACACACACACUAGAUCCCCCCCCCCCACUGGACAGAGAGCCUGGAGAUAGAGAGAGAAUCUCUAUAGACCACAGCAACUCCCCAUCCCCAACGCUUGAGUCUGGCCUGAUGCAGCACUGAGUACCCAAUUGGGCACAGCUGGGUGAGACCCACUCCGCCCUGUUCACCCACCCAGGUUUCAGUGAUACAUGCCAGAUCAGCCACCUCAUCAUAAUCAGAUUAUGGAUGAGGGAGAUUUUAUUCUGGACUGAACUGACAUUCAACAGCAGCAGUCACAGACCCGAGGGCUGGCUGAUAUGACAACCACAAUUCCCUGAGUUGGUGGAGGGACUGGCACAGUCACUAACUCCCUGUCCCUCCUCCCAAGCCAUACCUCCCCCUACCCAGAACCACUGAAAUUGGGCCUCCCCAUGCUCCUCCCUUCCCAGGCACAUCCCACCCUUACGACUCAGUUAAAAACAGUUAAAACACACAAAAAAGAAUUUAAAAGGAUAUAAAGCAGCAGUCCUUAUAAAACCUGUCAGGCCCCACCCUGGGCCAGGUAGAUAGAGGCAGGAGCUUAGCAGGGUGGUUUACAACAUAAAAACACAAAAAUACAUGACAUAGUGUUACAAAACCAAGACAGUUCUGCUUGUUCUGUUCACCCUCUCCUCAACAAACUUCUCAACCUGGGAAACAGCCUUACUAGAAAAAUUAACCAAUAAACUGAAACUGACACGGGGACAAACAGAAGAAGACACCUUUACCCCGGUAUUGCUCCCCUUUAUCAUAUACACAUCCCAACAAGACAAUGACAAAAAUCCACCAACAGCAUACAAAUCAACAUGGCUAACCUGAUCCAAAACACCCACCCACCCCACUCACACACGAAAACAAAGAUCACCACAGCUAACCACAAACAAACAACCACACCCUAGGCCAACUCCAACCUCUCUCACCACCUAAGGAACACAAGUGAAUAGCAGAGAACCUGCACAAGCAACGCUGACACAAAACCCCACAUAUAUUAAGUAUAAUAGAAACAUCGCCACCCGAUCCCAACCCCACUCACCUUCCCCCCCACCUCUUCCCCCCCCCCUUCUUCCUAAUGUCUCAACAAACGAAACUGAUCUGUAAAAAAUGUUACUUGGAAGAAAAAAAAGAGAGAGAGAUAUUGCACAUACUUUUGUAAACCAAGAAAAGAUAUAAUAAUAAUAAUAAUAAUAAUAAUAAUAAUAAUAAUAAAAACAACAACAACUUCUCAACCAAGAAUCCCAGGGUGUGAGGGACUCCUCAGGUGACAUCUAUACAAACUUUGAUAAAGUUGAAGAGGUCUGUUCCAGAGCUACAAACAACAGAACAGGCAGCUUUCUCUGUAGAGCGAUAACACAGAAUGGCUAAUGCAUCGAAAGCAUCCAUGGUUAUCAGAGCACAGUUACACACACACACACACACACACACACACACACACACCGCUAAGUUAAACUGUUUCCCCAUCCCCAAAACAAGUUUCCAGUUAAAUGUCAUCUAUUAAGUCUUCCGUCUUUUUUUUCUUGGUCCUGACCAACAACAGUUUAGAUGACUCAGUUUCAGACAUUUACUAGUCUCUACACUUCAUAUGUCUAAGAUAACGAGUUUCCUAAAUGAUUGUCAUUUUAAAUCUUAGGUGCAAAAGGAGAUGUGGGCUCCCCUGGCUCUCCAGGAAGUCCAGGGAUUCCUGGUACAAAGGGAGAAGCAGGAUUUCCUGGCCCUCAGGGUCCUUCAGGCCAACCAGGUGUUCCUGGAUUGCCAGGCAAAAUUGGAGAGGGACCUAAGGGUGACCGGGGCCUCAAGGUCGACCCGGGCUUCAAGGUAAGAGUAUUUGUAGACAACAUACAGUUGUACCUUGUAAGUCAAACAGCUUAGUUCCCAAACAUUUUGGCUUCCAAACAUCGCAAACGUUGACUGUUCCGGUUUGUGAACUAUUUUUGGGAGCUGAAUGUCCAACAGGGCUUCCACAUUUCCAAUUGGCUGCAGGAUCUUCCUGCAGCCAAUCAGAAGCCGUGCUUUGGUUUUUGAACGUUUUGGCAGUCGAACAGACUUCCGGAACAGAUUCUGUUCAACUUCCAAGGUACAACUGUACCUCUACGUGUUUUUACAAACUUAAUGAACAAUUAAUGUACAAUGAUCGAUCAACAGUACUUAUUCAAGAACAAAAAAAAUUGAGUGAAAGAAUUUCAUGCUGGUCUAUUCCCAAGAUAGAAAUGCUGAUGUUAUGCAUCGUUGGAUGAAGGAAUUGAGGGGAUGUUCAUCAAAUUUGCAGAUGACACCAAACUGCAACUAAUGCUGCAGAAGACAGAAUCAGAAUUCAGAAUGACCUUAACAAUAGGAUUACUGGGUCCAAGUUAACAAAAUGAAUUUCAAUAGGGACAGAGGGAAGGUUCUGUACUUAGGCAGGAAGAACCAGGUGCCCAAAUAUAAGAUGGGGAACCGCUGGCUUACUAGUGGUACAUGUGAAAAGUAAAACAGUCUGGUGCAGCAACAAAAAAGCUAAUGCUAUUCUAGGCUGUAUCAAUGGAAGUAUAGUGUUCCAAUCAAGGGAAGUAAUAGUCACACUCUAUUCACACUCUAUCCAGGUGUGAAACCACACCUGGAGUCCUGUGUCCAGUUCUGGGCAUCACAAUUUAAGAAGGUUGUUGACAAGUUGGAACGCAUGCAGAGGAGGGAAACGAAAAUGACCAAGGGUCUGGAAACCAAGCCUUAUAAGGAACAAUUGAGAGGGUUGGGUCUGUUUAGCUUGGAAAAGAGGAGGCUGGGAGCAUGAUAGCCAUCUUUAAAUAUCUGAAGGGCUGCUACAUGGAAGAUGGAGCAAGCUUGUUUUCUCCUGGUCUGGAUGGUAGGACUCGAAUCAAUGGCUUCAAGUUUUCAGAAAGGAGAUUCUGACUGAUCAUCAAGAAGAACCUUCUGAUGCUCAGAAAGGACUCCCUUGGGAAGGUGGUGAACUUUCCUACCUUGGAGGUUUUUAAGCAGAGGUUGGCUGGUCAUCUGGCAUGAAUGAUUUAGCUGUAAUUCCUGCAUUGCAGGGAGUUAGACUAGAUGUCCAACUCUAUAAUUCUCUGGUUCUCUGAUUCUAUUAUUUUAAUUACAGAAUGUCAAAUGGCUUAAGAGUUUCAUUAGGUACAUUAUUGUUAUUUGGAAAGCAAAAUGUAUCAAUGAAUCUUUUUUUAAUAGAUAGAUGUACAUCCCAAAUGCUGUUGUUUCCAGGUUCCACAAAAUUAUUGAAAUGGAAUUGUGAAAGUCGCAUUCAUUUUGGAUUUUGAAGUGUUUUAUUGCUCCCGGGCACUUCUUUGGUUUUACCUUGGGCAUAGUCAGCCAUUAUUUGGCCAGGCUCAUUUUCUUUCUUCUUACAACAAUAUUGCCCAUAAGUAACUUUUCCAUUCCUGUUUUAGGACUUCCUGGGCCACAGGGCUCUCCAGGUGCUCCAGGAUUAG